UCGCCUUUUCACAAUUAUAUUGUUGCACACAUUGUUGGCUUUACCAUUUAUUUUCCUUAUUUAUUAUUUAGAUGCACUCAUCUUGGUGCAUCUGACAACCAGAAAAGAUGGCUUGUGGUGGGAAUAGCACUCAACAAGAUCCUUGUACCACAGAUCCGUCCUUUUGUGGAACAAGAGAUUGAUAAGGAAUACAACAAUCUCAAGACGAGUCACAAUAUUCAUACACAAAGUACAUCUGGUCGUCUUCAAAGGUGGCCUGCAAGAAAGUUUUUAAAGUAUGAGAACAUCAAUGGUAACAGUCUUCACCCAAAGCUUCCAGGUGGAAAAUACAAUAUUUCCUUGUUUGAUUGUAGAGUGUUAUCUCACAUUGACUUUGCCAAGCUCUAUGUAGAAAACUUUAUGGCAAAGUUCAAUGCUUUUGAUGACCACUGUGAUGCAUCAGCUGUACUCACCCUGCUUGGUGGUGUACCUGUGUUCUCAGCUGCUGUGGAGGCUGCAGCUGGUGAUGUCAGGAGUAGUGUCAGGAAUGACUGGGCACACUGUGUCUUCAGUAAGUGGGAUCCUGUUAAGUUUCAGCAGAGUUUUGUGGAGAUGGAACACCUGGUAAGAGUCCUGGCUCUACCUGCUGCAGAUGAAGCUAAACUCCUUGCGGAACUAAAAGACUGGGAGACUAAAGGUAGCAUUCUUUGUACAUGUAGUUAAAAUAUUAAAAUCAAAUAACAUAUUGUAUUGGUACAAUAUUUAGUAAAGUCGAACCUCGCAUAAGUGACCUCCCAGAAAUGCAAAGACUGAGUGGUCGCUUAUGGUAGGUGGUCGUUUACAAGAAUCCACCCAUAGGGGGUCUCUUCCAAGAAGAGGUUCAGGCACAUCUACUUUGUGGAAGAUAAUUUAUUUCGUGCAAUGGCUUAGUUAGGAUAUGUGUAGUUCCAUGUUGCCACUAAAGUAACUGUUCUUCGCAUAUUCUAAGUAACAAUGCGCACAGCGAAAAUAGCUGAGAUCAAAAAAUGCGUCAAGUGGUCGCUUACAAGAAGUUAAAAACAAUGGAAAAUUAUUAACCGUCGUGCCCAAAAAGUGGUUGCAGUCACUUACAGGAGGUGGCGGUUUACUAGAGGUUCCAACUGUAAGACCUUGACUGGGAAAAUUUUGGUGUUUUGGAUUGGCGGUUGCUUAUGGGAGGUGGUCGCUUACAAGAGGUGGUCGCACAUGAAGGUUCAACUGUAUUUUUUUACCUUUUGUAGCUGAAAGGUCCUGUUUAGCAGCAGUUACUUAACAUCACUUACUUUGUGUAUGUAUACUAAAUAAUAUGCUUACAAAAACUAUUUCUAAACUUCAAUUAACCUCAAUGCACACCUCCCACAGAAAAGAGAAAACUAAUCCCAACAGCAGUUUGCUUCAUGCCUCACCCCGCCACCUAGAAUUAUGCUUAAACAAUAGAAGUGUUUCUCUUCAACGUAUUUGCCCAGAUAAGUUGAAGAAGAGGUGAUCAUGAGGUCUGGGUGUUCUUUAAGGAAGAGAUCACCCCCUCUUCCAAGAAACUAUCCCUGGAUAUUUAUGAUGGUCUUUCCAGGAAGCUGUUCAUUAAAUAUAUUAAUGUGUCAGGUAUUAGUGUGCAAUCUGGACUGCUUUGUUGCAGGGACUCUGUUGUGCAUGAACUCCCCCGUGGACCCAGCAUUGCUUCAACUUGUUCAGCAAGAAGUAAAAUUUCUACAAGAUAGUGUGAACAACCUGUCUGUAGAAUUUGACCAGGAAAAGGUGAGAGUACAGCAAGAGCUGCAAAACGCUGCCAUAAUUCUUGAAGAGAUGAAACAGAUGGUGGAAAGACUAAAGACCUUUCAAGGUAAUCGUACUUAACCUUCCUGGUGCAUUUUCAUAAUUCUUGUGUCAUUAUUGCAACAUAAUAUAUAAUGGUUUCUAAACCUUAUAUUUACUCAUCAGAGUAUUUGGAAAUUGUGUACUUUCUGCUUCUGUUUUGCAGAGGAUGCAGAUCAGAGGUUUGGACGUUUAGAGACUCGUACCGGACAAGUUGAAGACCAAGUACACAGUUUUGAAGGUAAUUUCGAGAUAAGGCUCUGAUUGCUCUGUGGGCUAUGAAUAUUAGUUCUUCAAAACUGUUUUUUCUUUAAAAUACUGAUGGUGAAAAUUCAUUUUAUUUAACAUUUUUAUUAGUGUGUACUUUCAUUCGUGACGUCGCACAUUUUAUUUUUUGUGUGUGUAUUUUAGAGGAUACAGCUCAGAGGUUUGAAAAUCUGGAGACUCGUAAUGGACAAGUUGAAGACCAAGUGCACAUUCUUGAAGGUAAUUUCGAGAUAAGGCAGUGAUUGCUCUGUUGGCUACAGUGUAUGAAUGUUAGUUCUUCAACUCUCUUUUUCAUUUAAAAUACUGAUGGUGAAAAUUCAUUUUAUUUAACAUUUUGAUUAGUGUGUACUUUCAUUCGUGACGUCGCACGUUUUGUUUUGUUUGUAUGUUGUAGAGGAUGCUGCUCAGAGGUUUGGAAAUCUGGAGAGUCGUACUGGACAAGUUGAAGACCAAGUACAGAGUCUUGAAGGUAGUUUCAAGGUUUCAAUUAAAUCUUUUCCAGUCUCAUUUACAAAAAGAAGUCAGCAGAUCAGAGGUUUAAACAAGUUAAAGACCAUGCGCACAGUCAUUAAGUUAAUUUGGAGAUGAAGCAAUAAGCCCUAGUCCUUUUGAGUCUAGUUUUUUCAUACCGAAUAUGACCCACCCCGCUGUUGAUAUCUGCUCUGUGCGAAAGCAGUUAAGGUUCUUGUUAGUUAUCUGACACGCAGGGUCACCGCCACAAAAGACACUCACCCUGGAUGCGAUCGUCCGAAUUGCAGCAACUAAUUGACUCCUCCUUUUUAAAUAGUAGGAUAUUAUUUUGCACGCUGAGUAAGUUCUGAAAAUAAUGCACUUCCAAGUCGACGUUUCUCCCUUUUUCCUUUUUGUUCCUUUUGCAGCAAAGUUUCAAGACCUGACGACAAGAGAAUCUGCUUUGUCAAACGCUUCUCUUCAAGACCCCCUGAUGACAUCUGACAGUAGGUUUUCAUUCGCGUUUACGGCAAAUGGCAAAUGUGAGUUUGUACCACGUGACCAAGUGUUCCAUUUACUUAUCGAUUACUGUUCAUUAUAAGCUUAACUACUCGGAAAUCGGUAGAUUUACGGCAAUUCUAUCCAUAACAAUUGUUUUAAGCUGUUUUUAUCCGCUUAUUUCUCGUUUUGAAAAUCUCUCAACUCGAAUCUCACGUUUGCCGUUUGCUGUAAACGCGAUCCUUAUAUUAAUUAGCCUCCCCGCAGACGUCCGUUGGGGUUCGGUUGUUGUCACGCAUUCAUUUCUCCCCCACGGACGUCCGUGGGGGAGAAAUGAAUGCGUGACAACAACAAAACCCCAACGGACGUCUGCGGGGAGGCUAUAUAUUAAUCUCUCUAGAAAUAUUAAUUAUAACUGAUUUAGAGUGAAAUUUUAUUUGUUACAAGAAAUGAGAGAAUAGUAUAAUAGCCUUACAUACAGUUAUCCAAGAAAGUCAACAGAUCACAUAAGUUUUUUAGAAUUAAACACAUGCUUGCCUGCGAUUUUCGUUGCUAAUAGUUCUAGCAGUUUGAAAAUGAUUUAGCAAUCUGUUUGACAAAACGUCGUGAUGCAAAUGUGCGCAUACCAACAGGGGCAAACGAAAAAGCCGAUUUAAAUAAAGAGAAAUUAAAGCAUAGUGUUCUUUCGUCAAUUGUUAAAAUUUGCUCAUUUUGUCCAGUGUUCAAAUGAAUUUUUUUUAAGCGCGGAUAAAAUAAUAUGCCUCAUUUCUAUUUUCCCUCAUUAGUUAUUCCAGAGAAACUUGUAGAACUGAUCAGACGAGACUACAAAGGCGCGGUGCUGUGUCCUUUCCCAUGGUGUGAAGAUGAACUACAGCUGAAGCUAUCGAACAUCUUUACAAGACUGAAAAUAGUUAGUAGAACAAAAGAACGUUCACAACUAACAGAUAACACCGUCAAUAUGACAGACGUAUUCAAACCACACCGAGAAUGCCACAGUCCAAGAGUGGUGCUGAUAGAGGGGAAUCCUGGGAUGGGCAAAACUACUUAUUGUCAAAAGCUGGCGUAUGAUUGGUCCGUGGGGGAAAUUCCACCUGACGCUUCGUUUCCUGAAGGGAAGAUAUUGUUGCUGUUGAAAUGCCGUGACAUGCACAUGAAAACGGCUAACAUCGAGGAAGCUAUUGAUGAUCAGCUUCUACCACAAGAUGCAGGCAAGAAGGAAAAGGAAGACUUCUUUCACUUUAUUCGCUCCAAUCAGUCCAGAAUCUUGCUGGUUCUUGAUGGUUUGGAUGAACUACGUGAAGAUCUGCUUCAGGGUUUUCAGCCAUUGAUUCAAGGGAAAUUGUUUCCUAACGUGUACGUUGUUUUAACUGCCCGACAUGAAGCUGGAAUGAGAGUGAGGCGAAACUGUGACACGCUCCUGGAAAUCGUUGGAUAUACCAAUGACGACGUGGACAGUUACAUAAGAAAGUAUUUCAGUAAUCACGAGGAUGAAGGCCUUGCUGAAAAAAUGAUUCAAAAGCUUAAAGUUAAAACAGAGCUAAGAGACUUAACGGUUAAUCCACUAAAUACAGCUUUGUUAUGUCUUCUUUGGGAAGAAAGAAAAGGAAUUUUCCCUUCCAAUAGACGACAGAUGUACGAUGAGCUUGUGUCGUGUGCUCUGAGGAGGUAUUUUGCCAAGAACGGCGUGUCUCUGGGUAACUACGACAAUCCCCUCGACAGAUGUUCAGACCAGCUGAAUCAUUUGGGAGAAAUGGCAUUCGAGGCAUUGCUGAAGAAUCAGUUGUAUUUUAGUCAAGAUGACCAAACAAGCACGUCCACUGAUUUCCUACAAUUACCGUUUCUUUCUCGUGAGCCUAGUGUGAGCAAAAUCAGGCCAAGGCCAUGCUAUGCUUUUACUCACAAAACUUUCCAGGAGUAUUUUUCUGCAUUGUACUUGGCUCAGCAAACCAUUACUGGAAACAAAGGAAAAGCCCAAUCCCUGCUAGCUCAGCUCAGUCCUGUUGACAACUGGCAGGUGUGGGAAUUUCUCAUUCCAAUGGUGUCAAGCAAGAGCAGUGAAAUGGCAGUUUUUGUAGUGUCACGUCUUUGUGCUUUUUUCUACCAAGAAAGACUACGAAACACAAUCGAGCCCAGUAUCGAUAGUAGCGUUAGUUGGGAUGUUAUGGUUUGUAAGCGCAAAAUUGAAGAUUGGACUCUCGAUAUCCACAGUUUGAGUGGAGAUGAACAAGUUUUAGAGGAAGUGGUUACUAAAACACUUGCUGUCAUUGCUAAUUGCGAAGAAGGUGAAAACAAACUUGAUGAUAACCAAAGGAAAAUGGUACAUGUACUGGCGCGCUGCUUUCCAGUGAGAAAAUUGAUCUUUGUUGUAAGCCGCCGCAAUUUUAAGGUUUAUUCUGAGUACUUAAAAGCCAACUGCACUCUGACAGAUUUACUUUUGAAAAGCAAUGAGGCUGACGAGCUUUUGUUAGCAACAGUUAGGGAGGCUCUGCACCAUGAACAAAAUUUAAAGCACUUAAAUUUGAAGUGCGAUAAUUUUGAGUGCAAGCGCAUCACGUGGACACUGAGCAUGAAAGAUCGCUUCCCUGAUUUACCUUCCGGUCGUCAGCCCAGCUACAGCGAUAUUGAAAAUAUCGAAAAUAUCAGUAAACGGCAGUCAUGGAUGAAGGAUAUCGGUUCCAAAGAACUUGCGAUCCUUUUAAAGUCGUAUCGUCGUUUAACUCAUUUGAAUUUAAUGGGAGUCAUGCUCGGUUGUAACGGAGCCGCAGUACUCGCAGAGUUUUUUCAGUCUAAUCGCAAUUUGACACAUUUAAGUCUUUCUUCUGCUUCCAUCAGUGAUUUAGGAGCCAUGUGCAUCGCUAACGCUCUGCGGUCAAAUUGUUCUUUAACCCAUCUUAGUCUAAGGAUAAAUUAUAUCAGUUUUCUAGGAGCCAGUUGGUUGGCAAAUGGUCUAAAACAAAAUUGUACUUUACAGUAUCUGGAUCUAAGUGAUAAUGUUGACAGUGAUCCAGUAGCUGUAGAGCUUGCUAGUGCUUUAGAAUCUAGUUCUUCUCUCACCCACCUAGAUUUAAGUCAUACUUGUCCGGACGCUCAAAGAUCCUCUAUUUCAGUGGAUUCUGGUAAAAUCUCCUUCACCACUGUUCCCUGUAAAUUAAUUGGGGCCUUUGGCACUUUAACACUUGCAAGAGCCCUUUGUUCGAAUCGCAUGUUGACCUAUUUAGACCUUUCAUUCAAUGAGAUCCGGGAGGUAGGAGCUGCAUCGCUAGGAGAGGCGCUCCAAACAAACUGCUCUUUGAGUCAUUUAUAUCUAUCUGGCAAUGCGAUAGGUGAUUCUGGAACAGCAUCCCUUGGAGAAGGCCUGAAAUCAAACUGCACACUAACUCGAUUAUAUCUCACUGAAAAUGAAAUUGGAGAUCCAGGAGCAGAAGCUCUCGGAGAGGCAAUGCAAUCAAAUCGCAACUUAACACAUCUAAAUCUAUAUACUAACGCUAUUGGCGAUAUAGGGGCAGCAGCCUUAGCAAGCGCACUGAAAUCGUCUGGUAUUCAAUUGACCCAUUUAGAUUUGGCUGUCAAUGAGAUCAGCUGUGUGGGUGCAGAAGCCCUCGCGAAAGCUCUUGAGUCUAACAGCUCUCUUAAGGGCUUAGAUUUAGAGGACAAUGCGAUCGGUUCCUCGGGAGCAUCUUCGUUUGGAAAAGCACUUCGAUCAAAUCGUACUCUUACGCACUUGAUUGUGACCAGUAACGACAUCACUGAAUCUGGAGCCGCAGAAUUGGUAGAUGCUCUACUGAUUAAUAACAGUUUGAUCUAUUUGAAUGCGGAACAUAAUGCGAUUAGUUCGCUAGAGGCGGAGAACCUUAAACGGGAUAUCCAGUCGCAUUGUGUUAUUUUUAUGUAG